GGUCAACUUGGACAAGUAGACUUGACAAGACCAAGCGAAUAUGUCGGAGCUGUAUCCUUCGCUCACGCAAUGUGCGAUUGUUGCCACAGCGUUCAAGAUUCUGCUAUGGCCCGCAUACAAGUCGACAGACUUCGAAGUGCAUCGCAAUUGGCUGGCUAUAACCAACUCUUUGCCUGUCAAAGACUGGUACUAUGAGAAAACGUCAGAAUGGACUCUCGACUAUCCCCCGUUUUUCGCAGCGUUCGAAUGGACAAUGUCACAAGCGGCUGGCUUUUUUGACAACGAUAUGCUUCAAGUGAAGAACCUAGGACACUCUAGUUGGCAGACAGUCUACUUCCAGAGAGCUACAGUGAUCUUGACUGAGCUGGUGCUGCUAUAUGCACUUCGCCUAUUUGUUCGCGGUGCGCCCAUUACGGCCAAAAAGACAUCUCACGCGGCUGCUAUUUCGAUUCUUCUCUCUCCUGGUCUUCUCAUCAUUGACCACAUCCACUUCCAGUACAACGGCUUCAUGUACGGCAUCCUCAUUCUGUCCAUCGUCUUAGCACGUAGGCAAUCAGGACUGCUGGCUAGUGGUAUCACAUUCGCUGUGUUGCUUUGCUUUAAGCACAUCUAUCUCUACUUGGCACCGGCAUACUUCGUCUUCUUACUACGUGUAUACUGCCUCGAUCCACGAUCAUGGUUCAGCAUACGUUUCGCCAAUUGCGUUAAACUUGGACUUGGAAUUGUAUUCGUCUUUGGACUCGCGUUCGGACCUUUUGUAUACUGGAACCAGAUAGAUCAGCUUCUGAGUCGCCUGUUCCCCUUUUCUCGAGGACUUUGCCAUGCUUAUUGGGCUCCAAACGUGUGGGCGUUGUACUCCUUUGCUGAUAGAAUCUUGAUCUACCUGGCACCCUACUUCAGUCUUUCGGUCAACCGAGAGGCUAUCAACAGUGUCACACGUGGACUUGUUGGAGACACUUCGUUCGCCGUGCUUCCAGAAAUCUCACCAAGGAUGACUUUUGUCCUGACUCUGGCAGCCCAGAUGCCGGCUCUAGUAAAGCUCUUCUUCCGACCGACUUGGGAUACUUUUGUUGGUGCGCUUACUCUCUGUGGCUAUGCAUCAUUCUUGUUCGGUUGGCACGUCCACGAAAAAGCGAUCCUGUUGGUCAUUAUUCCAUUCAGUUUGGUUGCACUCAAGGACCGAAGAUAUCUCGGGGCGUUCAGACCUCUUGCGGUCUCUGGCCACGUCUCGCUGUUCCCACUACUCUUCACAGCCCAGGAGUUUCCCAUCAAGACGGUUUACACCAUCUUCUGGCUGGUGGCUUUGCUAAUGGCAUUCGAUCAGCUCGCGCCUGCCUCUUCUAGACAGAGAGUGUUCUUGCUUGAUCGCUUCUCGUUCGUGUACAUUGCUGUUUCAAUCCCGCUCAUCGCGUAUUGCUCACUGGUGCAUCCGCUGGUUUUCGGUGCGAAGUAUGAGUUCCUACCGCUCAUGUUCACCAGUGCUUACUGUGCAAUGGGAGUGGUGUCGAGUUGGAUCAGUUUCUUGAUUGUGUAUUUCACGUCAUAGAUCUUCUAGACAACAAUUAUAUCUGACAGGAAAGUGAAUCGUCUUUGGAUAGUCCUGUCAAUCAUUCCCUCAAAAACUGCAGAAAUUGUGUUGUUUGCACGGAUGCGACCUCAAUUGGGAUGGAAGCUCGGUGAAGGCACAUCACGUCAACGAUCUAUGGAGUGCUCCACGUAGGAUUUAAUAUAUCAUAAAAGAUGAAGCCGCA